AAGGCAAGGAGUUACAACCUCUAUCACCCUUUAUGGGGACUUAAACGAUGAAUGAAAUUGGGUUUAUAUCUUUAGUUGGUCUUAUUUUUCUGUAUUCAGGAUAUUAUUAUGCAUAGUGUUGCCGUUUGUUUCACUGCUAUCUUUGGGUCAUCUUUUGGUGGUUGCAGAUAAACGGAGUGUUUAGUUUGCAAUUUUUGACAAAUGGGGGAAACGAUAGGGCCUCGCUUAUACUGUUGUUGUAACUGUAGGAACCAAGUCUCCCUCCAUGACGAUAUAAUUGCUAAAACCUUUCAGGGAAGGUAUGGUCGAGGUUUUCUGUUCUCUCAUGCAAUGAAUAUUGUGGUAGGGCCAAAAGAAGAUAGACAUCUCAUGACUGGCCUACAUACUGUUGCUGAUGUUUACUGUGGAGACUGCCAUGAAGUGUUGGGUUGGAAAUAUGAAAGAGCUUAUGAAGCAUCACAGAAGUACAAGGAAGGAAAAUUCAUACUUGAAAAAUCCAAAAUUGUAAUGGAGAACUUUUGAUUUUUCCUUAAUAUAUUAAUCAUCAUGAUGUCAUCUUAACAUUA